CUCUUUUGUAAAAUAUGGAUAUCAAAGUUAGGGAUAGUUCAUCGAAAAGUUUAAUUCUCCUCAACCAAGACCUCCAGCUUAGCCCAAUUGCUCGUAAGAAGCCGAGUGUAGGGAUUUAUUCUUUUGAUGAGAUCCAUGAUGUUUCAUGUGUUAUUUCAGUAAAGUCAGAAGAUUGAGAUGUACAAAAUGAUAACCUUAAAGGAAUCCCCUGAAUGAUUCUUUCCUUAAUUGGGUUCUCUUGUUCAUCUAUUGUAUGUAAAGUUGCUUAUAUGAGAAAUGAUUAUCUUAACGGACUAGAUUACGCUAUUUGAAGAUCUAUUAUUAUGGUGACCUGAUCCAUGAUUCAGGUAUGAGCGACGAGAGUUAAUGUAUUUGAGGUCAAGAAAGGAUACAGGUUGCUGCUUGUUGCUAGAUGUAUCGUCGGAACUAUUGGAAUGCCUUGAUAUUUCAUUGCGAUAAAGUAUAUCCCUCUGAGUCUUUGAACACUGAUUGCUAACAUUAGUCCCUUGAUGAUAGGCAUUCUUGCAUAUCUUAUUUUGGGAGAGGCGAUAACAAGACUGAAAGUAUUAGCUGUUAUUGGAGCAUUUGUAGGAGUUUAUAUUUUGACUUUGCAUAAAGACGAAAAUUAUGAACAAGGAGAGCAUUACACACUUGGUAUAAUUUUGGUUUCUUGCACCUGUAUAGCGAUUACUUUUGUAGCAUUACUUACCAGGGUUUUAAAUAAGGGUAUCCAUUAUAUAUUAUGUCCUUUCUGGUUUAGUAUGACUACAUUAGGAUGAACUUUAUCCCUACUUUGUGUUUAUCCUUCAGCAUAUCACUUUGAUCAUAUGGGAUAUACAGAUAUUGGCUUAUUCUUCUUUUCUGGAUUAUUCACUUAUGCAGGUCAAGUCUUUAAAUCCCUCGCUUUCAGAUAUUCAGAGGCAUCACAAGUAGCUCCAUUGCAGUAUUUUGAUCUGAUCUUUUUGCUAUUAAGCGAUAUUUUUAUCUUUAAUGCCAAAUUCACUUCGACAGAUGGGAUCGGUGGUCUCCUGAUCUUGGUCAGCCUGCUCGCUCCAAUAUUCCAAAGUAUGUAUCUAAGGUAUUCGGUUGGGAGAGAUCCAUCAGGUUAG